GUGGUUUGGGGCCCAGGACGUGAGCAAUUGGGUGCGCUGGUGGUGAUGGUGGUGGGAGGAGGAGGGUGUUUCGUGGAUAGUUAUUCCAUUCCCACGACCCCCGUCGGCAUGGGCCAAUAAAAGGCGAAGUUGCGCGCAGCUCGCGAGCCGCGGGGUUCUUCGCUUCUCCGUUGGCUGGUCUCCGGCGCUGCCGCCGAUGAGGGUGCUGGGAUGUUGAGAGAGGCCGCGGUGACUGUUUAGCGAGCGAGCGAGCGAGUGAGCGAGCGGGAGCGUUCCGUUACAUCCACGUCGCGUGUGUGCUUCAUGUCGGCCCUCUGGGUGCGUGCUACUCACACCUGAAGGUUUCGUGUGCCAUGCCUCCUGCCAGUUGGUGAGAGAGGGAGAGAGAGAGAGGGCCCGACUCCAUCCUCUCUACCACAUCAUCCAUCUCUCUCGCUCUCUCACCCUCUCUCGCUCUCUAUCUCUCUCACUCUCUAUCUCUCACUCUCUCUCUGACCCUCUCUCAAUCUCUCACCCUCACUCUCUAUCUCUCACCCUCUCUCUGACCCUCUCUCUCUGACCCUCUCUCAAUCUCUCACCCUCGCUCUCUCAAUCUCUCACCCUCACUCUCUAUCUCACCCUAUCUCACCCUCGCUCUCUCACCCUCUCUCUCUCUCUCUCUCAAUCUCUCACCCUCGCACUCACCACCAUGGCCCUAAACUUCUCUUGGGAGUCGUCGCCGCCCUUCGGGCUCAACGGCAGCGCGGGGAACGCGACGGGCGGCGACGGCGCGAUCCUCGACGAGGCCGUCAACGCCGUCACCACGGCUAUCCUCGUGGUCACCAUGGUGUCGCUGGGCUGCACCAUGGAGCUCCAGCACAUCGGCGCACACAUCAGGAAGCCCCGGGGCAUUAUCAUCGCCGUGCUGGCGCAGUUCGGCAUCAUGCCGCUCACCGCCUUCGCCUUGGCCAAGGUCUUCCGCCUGAAUCCCGUGGAGGCCGUCACCGUCCUCAUCUGCGGCUGCUGUCCCGGAGGGAACCUCUCCAACGUGUUCGCGCUGGCGCUCGACGGAGACAUGAACCUCAGCAUCCUCAUGACCACGUGCUCCACCGUGCUGGCGCUGGGCAUGAUGCCGCUGCUGCUGUGGGCGUACAGCCACGGCCUGUCGGACACGCGCUUCGUCAUUCCCUACGCGAAGAUCUCCAUCGCCCUCGCUCUCAUCCUCUUGCCCUGCGCCGUGGGGAUCUUCAUCAACGCCAAGUUCCCCAAGUACUCGCGCGUGAUCCUGCGGGGCGGGAUGCUGCUCCUGCUCCUCAUCUCCGUCGUGUUGGUGGUCCUGUCGGCGCUGUACGUGGGCUCCGCCAUCUGGCUCGUGUUCUCUCCCACGCUCAUCUCCAUCGCAGUGCUCAUGCCCCUGCUCGGAUACGCGCUGGGCUACGUCCUCGCGGGGAUCUUCCGCCUCUCACACAAGUGCAGACGCACGGUGUCCAUGGAGACCGGCUGUCAGAACCUGCAGCUGUGCACCGCGGUCCUCAAACUGACCUUCGACCCGCAAGUGAUCGGCCCCCUCUACCUCUUCCCUCUGCUCUACAUCUUCUUCCAGGUGGUGACGGCGCUACUCUUUGUGCUGGUCUUCCGCUUCUACGUCCACUGCUACCGCCAGCAGAGACAGCCCCAGACCGAGAGCGUCAACGCGAUCUACACGGGCAAGGCGGAGUUGGAGGACAUGGACGUGGAGUCGACGGCCAGGGAUGGAGCGCCCGCCGGGCACAGCUCGGAGACGGUGUCGUGGAAGAGGAAGCUGUCGUGGUGGAAAGUCAAGAAGCAGGAGGAAAGAUGAUGGGGGCGGGGGGGAGGGGAAAUAAAAAGAACCCAACGUAACCCAAUGAUGAUGAUGAUGAUGGAUUUACCGACCAAACUAAACAAUAACUCUACAACAGCAACAUUCCUCGGCCUGCCACGUAACAUGUAAAUGCGUUUGGCAUUUGCGUGGUGGAAUCUGCACACGUGGGGGUGCGUGUUUGUUCACUAGCUUCAAUAGUACAUUUCAUUCCACGCUACGGGAUUGUGGCCAGUGCUGAACUUCAGCUGAAACAGUCCAGAACUCCGCACGCCGACGCGUCCCUCGCUCCUCGAUGUAUUAUUGAUGAGCCCAUUCGUUCACGACGGGUUUAACACUCAGGCAUCCGCGAACGACAUUACCAUUCGUUCGUUGAUGCUCGGUGCCGGAUCGCGCGAGUCAAAUGUGUGUCGUGAACCCAUCUCCACCCGACGCAGACAAUUCGCAAAGUUGCCGCGUGAAGAAACGCGCCUGGUUUAUCACCGCUUCAGCAGCAGCAGCAGCAGCACCGCCACCGCCGGUGUGUUGUCGGAGAGAAAUCUCACGGCAUUUCACGUUUUAGUACAGAAUUAUAGGGUGCAACAUAGCGGGUACAAUAAUCUCAUUUAGUUUGUUAUGGAUAGGUACAGCUUGCACUCUAGUGGUAGUGCCUUACACUACUCCAAGCCGGUCUAGCAGCGUUCCAAAAGGUAUCGAGUGAGAGAUGAAGCCUAUGUUAUGGCGCAUGUGUCUGACUUUCUAGAUCAUUUGGGUCACAAUCUGCGCGACACUCAGUAGCGUAUCGGGAAUCGAUUUCCUCAACUAUGUGGAACAUAGCAUUGGGCGGUUUCUGUACACGUCCCAAAAAAUACUGUGGAUUUAACCCCCCCCCCCUCACCGACCCCCCAACUGUUAUACAUAUUUACUUAUACCCGUUAACGGAACAUCAGCUAAUAAUAUUGGGAACACUCACUGGAAUAAUGUCUAUGGGACAACGAGCCAACUUGGUAGAGCCUCACGAUGUCCGAUAAGCGGCUUGAUAACCAGCAGUAGCCAAUGUACCUCAUCGGGUUGCCAACGUUUCGGAACAUUUUGGGACACGGUGACAUGGCACUUAUUCGCUCGUGUCACUGAUGUGACGCGGAGCCUGAUGGAGUUCUGGUAAAUAAUCAGAAGUGCAGUGACGAACUUGCGUGUUCGGGUCACAUUGUUUUAACGGAGCGUCUUCGUCAUCCACGAUGUGCAUUUUUAUUUGGAGACAUUUGUUGUUGUUGUUGUGUGUGUGUAGUGCGUAUGCACGUGGGGACCAGUGGCGCAGUGGUUCGCGUAUUGCGCUACGAACCCGGCGACCAGAGUUUCGAUUCCCGCUCACAGACAAGAUCUGUGAGAAAUAUCUGAACCGGUGCUCGGUUUCCCCUAGGUCGAUUCUAAUAGCGCAGGCAUUUGCGAUGGCCAAACAUCUGGUUGGGUGUGGUGCUGGCCACCCACCCCCUCGUGUGCCGUGACUGCCUUAAGAGGCGAAUACUCGUCCUGAUGGUCUCUUGCAGGCCAUAUGGGGGGUCUCUGUCUUUGUGGUUCAUACUCUGUACUGCAACCUUGGCGACGUAGGUUCGAUCCCUGGCCCAUCCACAGCAUCGGUGGCACAUGCAUCGCGAUCUAAUAUGGGUCUCUCCUAGGUCAACUCAGCCUUAACUGAGCACCCUGGUGCUGUGUGUGAACAUCGGCACCGCAGGGAUGAAGCCAGCUGGGGGUCGCGGCGGACAUAGUAUGCCCUGUCUGUCAAUAGUGGUCUUAAUAGGUGCUCGCAAACAGCAAUCCCUUCUGCAUUCUAUAAGGCUACAUGGCAGGUCUGUGUGUUGUGCGUGCCGUCUGCCACCUGUUAUUUUGGGGCUACAUUCCGUACACUUUUGAAAACGAACUUACCGAAGCAAUUGCAAUGGAGACCGGGUGUCAUCAUCCCAGUGUCGUUAACAGAAUAAUUAUUCUUAUUAUUUUAGGAGUUAAAAAUGUUAACUCUUUCACACACCCUCGUGUUUUUUUAAACCAACAAUUGUCUGCAUUCGGAUUGCUCACUCAAGCAAGUGAUUUACCUAUGAAGAUUCAAUAAGUCUCCGGACUAUGAGGCCUGCUGCAUUGGGAUGUUUGGUCAAUUUCAGUCGGGAAUGUGAAUGGCAUCGGGUCGGUGGGAACUGGAGAGGCAGGAGAAACCCCAUUCGUACGAGGAACUCACAGCACGGGAAUCUCCUGGCCACCUUGCAAGCCCUACGGCUCUAACCCCAGGCAGGCCCCGAGUGGCUCCCCGAUCCAAGUACUAACCGGGUUCAAACCUAUAGUAGCAGGUUUUUACCCUUUCAACUGGUACAAACACUGACACCUUUAUAAAAGGCAUCAUGCUUGCAAUAACCACAACACAAGCAGUCAAAAUGCAAACAAAAAGAAACAACUCUGAUGAUGAUGAUAAUGAUAUGCACUGUCCUUGAAGUUGAUUGGUCCACACCCGAGACAGCUUUUCUUAGAGCCUAGUCUCCAUUGGUGUUGGACCAGAUGACGCCAAUAGGCGUACAACUCAAAGACAGCGCACUAUCAGAGUAUUAAGAGCUCGGGGUAAGCAUAUAAAGGUGUCAGUUUUUGUACCAGUUGAAAGGGUAAAAACCUAUUACUAUAUUUUGCCACUGGUAAAGGAUGUCUCAGAAUGUGGGUUCAACCCUGCUUAGCUUUUUGAGAUCCGAUGGGAUUGGUGCAUUGAUUGUGAUUUGAUCUUAAGAUAACUUACCAAUGUUAAGGCUUAAUUAAUAAUAAAAUUAGAUUGCUUUGAGUAACCAUUGUUUAACUUGUUUCAUAAUCGUAGCAUGUAUUUUUGAAAAUAUUUUACGGGAAAAAAAAUAUAUAUUUUUAAAAUACAAUAUAUUUUAACAACCGUGUCUUUUGCUAUGCGUAUAUGAAAGAUGUCCCAGCAUUCUGUGCUUUCAUAUUGCAACUUCGUAUGCGUUCACAGUGUUUGCUGUCGAUCUCUGCUAUUGAAACGGACGACUGGGCCCAGGUGUACAUGGAGAGGUGGAUUGUGCCGCGUUUCUCGCUUGAACAAAUACUCCCACAAUGCAAUGUACAGGACCAGCAAUAUUUUUUUGAAUGUUACUUUGAAUUAUAAACGCGUUUUAGUAGCAAUACUAUUUGAUUCGUGAAAGAUUUGCCUGUUACUCAUUAACUUCUAUUUAGCACCCAUUCAAAUGCCUAUUUUAAAAAGUCGUCAACAAAACGUAUUUUAAAAUGUAAUUCUCAGCAGGCCCCAUGGUGUUAAGUGCAGUCUCCGACUCGUAUUAGCCACUCAAUUUGACUGGACUCUUUGUGUUCGGAAGAAGGCUCUUGGCUGAAACGUGGUUCAAAAAUGGCGUCUUUUAAAUACAAGCAGUGUUGUUGACAAGUUUUCUUGAGUUUCGUUGCUGUGUGAUGUCUCACCUUCUGCUUCACGUGCUGGGAGCUUUUUUUUGGACGGUUCCUGAAGAAGCCUCCAGCACUUGGAGGGAAACGUCAGACACGAGAACGGGGCGGAGAGCUGUGGUUUAAUUCGGCAGCUAUUUGGAUGUUUUUGUUUUAAACGGGGAGAUUUCGGAUCGGUGUUCGCUUCACGUUACGUUCUGGUUGAUUCUAUGUUCGGCAUAUUACUUUAAAAAUGUUGUAUCCAUUAUCUACCAUUAUCUUAAGUUGAAAUUGUAUUAAAUGACUAUUUAGGGUCGUGUUUCUUGUUUUGCCGGGCAUACAUUGUAACUAUGUGAAAACAAUACGUUCAAACUUAAAGCGUUGGAUUUGUGAUUUAAAAAAAAAAUGGUACGAACAGCUA